UUUCCAUGAGUUUGCUUUGGUAACUGAAAGAAAUCUAUUUCAAAUAGCACGGUGCACCUCACCUUGGCAGUCAAAGAUAAUACCUUGAUAUCUAUAAAUUGGAAUUUAGAAAAUAAGAGUGCUGUACAAGUUAAUGAGUACAGUAGCAUUCCAUUUGUGAUUCCUCUGAAUAUCCUUCAGCACCAGUCUAACAUCAUUUCUUUGGUCAACAGGCUGGAGAGAAGCAUUACCACCCCACAUGUGCCCGAUGCGCUCGCUGUGAGCAGAUGUUUGGAGAAGGAGAAGAAAUGUAUCUACAAGGAUCAUCUAUCUGGCAUCCCCCAUGCAGACAAGCUGCCAAGCAGGAGGAGAAAAGCAAGAAGCAGGUCCGGAUACAGCUCAAUGAAGCCCCUAAUAAACAGGUAACCCGGACUUCCUCUGAGAGCAUCACUUCAGUUCCUGCAUCCAGUGCCUCUGGCUCGCCCAGCAGAGUCAUCUAUGCCAAACUAGGAGAGGAGAUGCUGGACUAUAAGGACCUGGCAGCACUUCCAAAGACAAAGGCUAUCUAUAACAUCGACAGGCCUGACAUGCUUUCCUACUCUCCUUAUAUCAGCUACCCAUCUGAGGAGAGGCACUAUGGAGAGGGUGAUGGGGAGAAGUCACCCCGUCAGCGGAGGCCCUCAAGCCCCAGUUCCAACAGCUCUCUGGGGGGGUAUGGACGGUACACCCCGACCCGUUCCCCUCAGAACUACAGCAGACCAGGACCAGAAGUACACAUGGGUGCUAAAUACAGCAGCCUGGCCCGUGAUUCCAGUUCCCUCCUUUCACCUAAACCCUUCCUGGGUGGUGUAAGGAACCCCUCCACCUUGGCAAGGGAUACCUCCUCCCUCCCAGCACACUGCUCUGGCAGGGCUGAAGGGAGUGGGGGUGCUGUAGGCAUUGGCAAGUACUCACCAACACCUCUAAGUGGCAGUGCAAGCUUGUCUUUACAUCUGAACCCUACAACCCUGGCAAUGCUCCAGCAGCACAACUACAUCCCUUAUUUCAGAGGGUUCAAACAGGACCCCGUUCCCGGUCCUAAGCCUAGGACAUCCCUGCACCUCAAUUUACCACCUCCAAACGGUAGUGAAAGCGGUCGGAGUACUCCCAGCUUAUCCACCUACUCUGAUGGCAAAUCUCCCUCAUCUACUUCGACAUAUGUGGCUGCUCCCCGGCAUUUCCACAUACCAGAGGCUACGGUCAAAGAUAAUAUCUAUAGAAAACCCCCCAUCUACAAACAGCAUGCUUCUAGAACAUCCUGGCAGGAGGGUGAUGAUAACAAGAGAACAAGUUGGAUAAUCUUGAAAAGUGAGACUGAUGGUGAGAUAGCUCCUGAAGACCUGAACCCCUGUAAAUCCACAUGCAGUCUCCCCAUGGACACAUCUCAGCCAAAUUUCCCCUACAAUAAAUCUGCAUCAUUACCCGGCUAUGGAAGGAAUGGCAUCUAUAAGGCUGCUGAUAUGGUGGAGGAUGAUGUGGACCCUGAUUCCCACAGUUGGGGAGGCAUGAGAGAUUACAAGAUCUACCCCUAUGAAAUACUAGCAGUGACACAUAAAGUGAAAGUGAAGCUUCCCAGAGAUGUAGAUCGCACCAGACUGGAGAGACAUUUAUCUCCAGACGAGUUUCAGCAGGUUUUUGGAAUGACACUGGAACAGUUUGACCGGAUGGCCCUGUGGAAGAGGAACGACAUGAAGAAGAAGGCCCGUCUGUUUUAGGCCAUCAUUAAAUAAUCGCUGCAAAACUGCAAUCUUUAAGGAAG